AAUAUGAAUUUUUUUACAUAUAUAUGUGUUAUACUUGCAAAUAAUAAUUUUAUCCCCUCCCUUAUUGAUAAAUUAAGUCUAGCCGGGUACCACAUUUUGAAGAUUUUGAAGGGUGCCCAACACCUUCCCUUUGGAAUAAUAUAAACAUUUUUCUAGAAUCUAAACUGGUUUUUCGCAGAUUGAAACGUGAGUCAUACAUGUCAUGCAUCAAAUAGAUUUUCUUAUUUUCCUUAAUAAAUUAGGUGACGACUCUAUAUAAUAAUUAAUCAUUUUAGAGUUUAUAUAUUAUACUUUAUCUGACCUCAAUAAAAAUGGCAUAACACAAUUUAUCCUUUAGGUCCAUUAUGACAGUUAACACUCUUGGCGGGAGUUGUUGUUUGUCUUGCCAUUCCCAAUAUCCACAUGAAGUGACCUACAUGUAGUGUACAAAUUCGGUCAUCACAUUUACAUAAUAAUUUGCAGAAAUACUUAUUGUUAAUUUGACCAAACAAAGUUUGUAUACAAACAUCCAAUUCUCAAAUUAAUUUACAACUUAAUUUGGGUCUUGGACAUUUGUAGAACCUUGCAUUCAAAUCAGUCCAAGCCGUCAAAUUUGGCGCAUUGAGACCACAAUGACAUCUUCUUACAUACGGUGCUUUAAGUGAAUUGAUAGAGGAUUCUAACAUUGCUUUGAAAUCUAGAGUUGAAGAAAACUUCUACUUAGCCUAUGCACGAAUGAAUAAGAUACGAAACCACAUGCAUACUACUAUUUUAACUCAAACAAAUAAAUAAUUUUUCCCAAGUCUAACAUAAUAGAAAAUGACCACCAUAUACAAGACAAAAUUCUCAAAAGAUUACAAAAAUCCUAACCCAUCCCAAUGCACAAAUCAAUCAGACCCAAAAUCACAUGAAUACUACUAUUUGAACUUAAAUAAGCAAGUAAUUGAUUCACUAAUCUAACAUACCGAAAGAUUACGUAAAUCUUAAAUCCUAACAAUGUUGCUUUGAAAUCGUAAAAUCUGAAAAUGCUUCAAAAUGUAGAGAUGAAGAGAGUUAUCUGAAGAAUUUGUGGGGUCUUUUAAUGGGUUGGGUCUUUUUAAUGGGUGAUUUGGGUCUUUUAAUUGGGGUGGGGUGGGUUACUUAUAUGGACAGGUGGGGUGUGGUGUUUACGUGAACAUCCUAUAUGGCGUAAAUUAAUAUAUAUAGGAUGUCACAUUUCAUUCCGUCAAACGAAAAAGUAAAACUGACCCAAUAGUAUAACAAGAGACAUAGUUUUAAGUCCAAAAAUAGUUAAAUGAUAUAUUUGACCUAUUUCAAAUAGUUAAAGGAUAUUUUUGGCCUUUUUCUUCUGUUUGAUGUUUUUGAAAGCUUUCCAAAAUAAUAAAAUACAUGCAACUCGUGUUUGAACAUGACCCGAGUUCCUUUUUUUCUUUUCUUGGGUAAUUGACGACCCGAGAAUACUACUUGCGGGUUCGUCUAUAAACAUCGCAAUGCUUUGGAAAACUCAAUUGCCCCUCCUCCGUCUGUCAUUGAAUGAAUGCAGAAAGGGAGGGACUUCAUCAAAGCAAUUCGUAGAAGCUUCUUCACUCUCCAUAGUAACUCUCCCAUUUCUCAGAUGGAUCAAUCAACGCGUUACUGUUACAGCCCAACUUUGAAAUGGAACCCUAAGGUUGAAGAAUACUUCAUCAAAGCUUACGGAGCUGAUCAUUUCUCUCGGAUUUCUUCUGCUCUCACGCGCCCAUCAUGUUACUCUUGUAUCCGGGUGAAUACGCUCAAAUCAACAAGUGAUGCUGUUAUCGAGAAGCUUUUGGAAAUUUUUAAGGAAAGAGGAAUGCACGAUAUCGCAGUUCAAGAAUCUGCUACUACAUGGGAGACAGAUAAUUGUUGUAAGGCAACCUUAGAAUGCACUGGAAGUGCAGAAUCUCUUAAGGCCAUCAAAAUUAUCUCAAAGUGUCAAUUUCCUGGCUUGGAUUAUGUAGUUUUUGUUAAAGGUUCAGGACCGCAUGCUAUUCAUUAUGGGGACAAUGAAGGCAAACCUCUUAAGGAGGUAAUUGUGAGCCGAAAGUGUGCAGAGGCAGUUCUUCGUGGUGCCCAAGUUUAUGUGCCUGGUGUUUUGGCAUGCAGUGCUCAUGUUGAAAGAGGUGAUGCAGUUGCAGUUUCAGUUGCUGUGGAACAGUCUGGUCCAGAUGGUGGAUGGGGUAUUGCAAUGACACGCGGGACUGUUCUACAAGGAUCACAAGAAGAUCCUUAUUAUUUUGAAAGAGAUGGCUUCUACAUUGGCCAAGCAACAGCAAUGAUGUCCAGAGCUGGGAUGUUUCGUGUUACUGAAGGAGUUGCAGUGAAUAUGAAGGAAAGAGUAUUUAGACUACCCUCCUUUUAUGAUUUGCUUGAGGGCGAGAUUUUUCUUCAGAACCUGCCAAGCAUAAUAACUGCACAUGCCUUAGAUCCUCAACCGGGAGAGAGAAUAUUGGACAUGUGUGCAGCUCCAGGGGGGAAAACCACAGCCAUAGCAAGCCUAAUGAAGGACAAAGGGGAGGUUGUUGCUGUUGACAGAUCUCAUAAUAAGGUGCACCUUCUGAACUUGACAGGGACUGAAGGUGUUAGGAUACUCCAAAGCUUAUUGAAUGAACAAUUUAAGGUGAUUCAUUUCUUUGCUGUUGAUGAUUUUGAACAAACUGUUUCAGCCCCAAAUAUUAUUCACCAUAGUGAAAUACAUUUGGUUGAAUGUGAAUAUGGAACUGAUGCUGAAUCAAAAAGUUGUUUUAGUGAUAUUGGUAAGUCAAAUGAUGAUGAAUAUAACUUUGAAGAGUUAGAGCUAAUUAAGAUGCAAAAGACUAGAAAAGUAAAUGAGAAGCUCAGUCAUUACAAAGAACUUUAUCUCUCUAUAACCUUCAAGGACUUGAAUGAGGCAAGAAAAAUUGUGAAUUUGUAUGCCCUUGCAAAUGCUAAACCUAUAAUAAUGGAAAAAAGUAACAUAACAAGAUUAAGGUAUAAAUGCAUAAUUGGUUGUCCAUUUGCCCUUCUUAUUUCACAAGAUGGUAAGGGUCCAGGUUUUAAGGUUAAAACAUUGAAGACAUACCACAAUUGUGAGAAUGCAUUUAAAAAUUCUAGAGCUUGCACAACUAUUUUAGCACAAUUUUUCAAGAGUAAAGGUGCAAAAUAAUCCUUAGUACAAGCUUAAAUAUAUGAGACAAGACUUGAAGGAUCAAUCCAACUUGAAUGCUAAUCUCAUAAAGUUGAAAAGGACCAAGAAGAUGGCCCUACAAAAAAAUACAGGGCAGUUUCUUAGAUGAUUACAACAAAAUAGUGGCUUAUGCAAAUAAGAUUAGGUUGAGCAAUCCUGGUAGUGAUGUUGUGAUCAAUUUAUCAAAGGAUGGGUUGGAACAAGGUAAAAGAAAGUUUCUCAGAAUGUACAUUUGCUUCAAUGCACUGAAGUUAGGAUGGAAGGAAGGUUUGAGACCCUUUAUUAGACUAGAUGAGACCUUCUUGAAGGGUCAAUGCAAGAGACAACUAUUGGUGGCUAUGGCACAAGAUUGUGAGAAUUGUGUCUACCCAUUGGCAUGGGCUGUAGUGGAUAAAAAUACAACUAGGACAUGGACAUAGUUUCUACAACUUCUGAACAAUUCAUUGAAUCUAAAAGAAGGUGAAAGUGUUACUUUAUGUCUGAUAUGAAGAAGGUAACUAAUUUCUUAUAUUUAUUUGAAUAAAUUUGUCCUCUUUUUAUAACAAUUUAUAAUUAUGUAUUUACGUAUUUGACAUGUACAGGGACUAUUAGAAGCAGUGAAUAAUGUCCUUCCUUUGUCUCAUCAUAGGUUCUUUAAGAUGCUUUGAUUAUUUUUUUCCUCUUUGAGUUAGUU